AAGAUGAUUUAAAAAGAUUGGAUCAUAGGAAUUAUAAUAGUUUUAGAAAAAAAUUAUAAGUAAGAAAAAAAGAGAUUGAUUUAUAAUUAAUAAUUAUAAAUAAUUAUGAAAUAAAAAGUAAAGGAAAUUAUCAAGUAUUUGAAAGAAUUCUAAAUCCCUGUAAUUCCAAGUGAAUUUUCUUUGAGUGAAGCAGAAAGGGCUAAUCUUUAUUUUUACUUAACAUCUUAAGAAAUGGAAAGUUAAAAAUAACAAAUAGAGGAGAAAUAGCCAGAGGAAAUAAAAUUAAAAAAAGUUAAAAUAUAUCAAGUUUAUGAUCCUAUUGAUGCAAUCUAAAAUUUCAAUUCUUUUGAUUUUAAACAAGAAGAAAGAAAUUUAAAAGAAAAUGAAAUCUAAGUAUUAUCUCAUAGAGAUCAAAAUAUGAAAUUUAAUUCUUUGAAUGAAAUUAAAUAAUUUUUGAAACAAUACUAUGAUUAAAAGUUAAACUAAAUUUAAGCCGACGAAAUUCAAUAAAUAGAUAGACAAUUGAUUGUAUAAAGUCUCAAUAUUUAAUUUUAAGAACCAAAUUGUGAUAUUUAAUAAAUAAUAGAUAUCUUUUUGAGUAUUCUUUAUAAAGAAAUUGAAUAGAAUUAUCAAAAAAGAUAUGAUUAUUAUCUAGAUACAUUUUGUAUGUUGAUAAAAUAAAAAAUUUCGUUCUUGAUGUCUAACUAAAGUACUUAGAAUAUAACUGAGAAAUUAAUAAACUCUGUUCCAUAAUUUAGAGUUGCUUUAGUAGAUUUAGUUAAGGAAUUUACAGAAUAAGCACUUCUAAAGUAAAAUGAGAAAAUGUACUCAAUAUACUUCACAUAAUUAAGAGAUUUAGUAUUUAAGUUUUUAAAUGAAGAUCAUCCAUUGUAAUUUGAAAGCUUUAGAUUAUUAUUAAAAAUUAAUCAUUCAACAAUUUUAGAAUUUGUUAAAUAAGCUGGUCCAUUAAUUUUUAAUAAAUAAAAGCCAGAAAUUAAAGAUUUUAUUUUUGAAGAAACUUAAUAGAAAAUAAAUUAAUUAUCUUAAAUGAAUGAUUGUUAACAUUAAUUAACUUUCAUGUUUUACAUUGGAAUUUGUUAAUAAAAUCAUAAUCAUCAUUGUAAAAUUUUAGCCAAGUUAUUACAAGACUGUUAAUAAAAUUAUCCCUAACAUCUUGAUGCAAUAUAUACAAACUUGUUAAAAAUAAGAAAUAAUAGUAAUGUAAAUGUGAAACAGAUANUAAUUAAUAAUUAUAAAUAAUUAUGAAAUAAAAAGUAAAGGAAAUUAUCAAGUAUUUGAAAGAAUUCUAAAUCCCUGUAAUUCCAAGUGAAUUUUCUUUGAGUGAAGCAGAAAGGGCUAAUCUUUAUUUUUACUUAACAUCUUAAGAAAUGGAAAGUUAAAAAUAACAAAUAGAGGAGAAAUAGCCAGAGGAAAUAAAAUUAAAAAAAGUUAAAAUAUAUCAAGUUUAUGAUCCUAUUGAUGCAAUCUAAAAUUUCAAUUCUUUUGAUUUUAAACAAGAAGAAAGAAAUUUAAAAGAAAAUGAAAUCUAAGUAUUAUCUCAUAGAGAUCAAAAUAUGAAAUUUAAUUCUUUGAAUGAAAUUAAAUAAUUUUUGAAACAAUACUAUGAUUAAAAGUUAAACUAAAUUUAAGCCGACGAAAUUCAAUAAAUAGAUAGACAAUUGAUUGUAUAAAGUCUCAAUAUUUAAUUUUAAGAACCAAAUUGUGAUAUUUAAUAAAUAAUAGAUAUCUUUUUGAGUAUUCUUUAUAAAGAAAUUGAAUAGAAUUAUCAAAAAAGAUAUGAUUAUUAUCUAGAUACAUUUUGUAUGUUGAUAAAAUAAAAAAUUUCGUUCUUGAUGUCUAACUAAAGUACUUAGAAUAUAACUGAGAAAUUAAUAAACUCUGUUCCAUAAUUUAGAGUUGCUUUAGUAGAUUUAGUUAAGGAAUUUACAGAAUAAGCACUUCUAAAGUAAAAUGAGAAAAUGUACUCAAUAUACUUCACAUAAUUAAGAGAUUUAGUAUUUAAGUUUUUAAAUGAAGAUCAUCCAUUGUAAUUUGAAAGCUUUAGAUUAUUAUUAAAAAUUAAUCAUUCAACAAUUUUAGAAUUUGUUAAAUAAGCUGGUCCAUUAAUUUUUAAUAAAUAAAAGCCAGAAAUUAAAGAUUUUAUUUUUGAAGAAACUUAAUAGAAAAUAAAUUAAUUAUCUUAAAUGAAUGAUUGUUAACAUUAAUUAACUUUCAUGUUUUACAUUGGAAUUUGUUAAUAAAAUCAUAAUCAUCAUUGUAAAAUUUUAGCCAAGUUAUUACAAGACUGUUAAUAAAAUUAUCCCUAACAUCUUGAUGCAAUAUAUACAAACUUGUUAAAAAUAAGAAAUAAUAGUAAUGUAAAUGUGAAACAGAUAAUUGAAUUUAUUGGAUUAAGUGUUAAUAAUCCUGAUGCAUUGCAUUAAAAGUUUUUAGAUUUAUUUGUAGAUUUUGCUCUAGAAUAUCCAAAAUCAAAAGAAUUCGCUGAGGAUAUGUUUAGAGUUUAUCUUUAUCGUUAUUUUAUUUAAUAAAUAGAGGGAGAUGCAAAUAUAAUCAAUAGGAUUCUUUAAUAAACAUUUGAUCAAUUGAAUCUAGAUUUUAUGAUUAAAUGUAUUUAAAAGGUGCCAACAGAGAAAUUGAGUUUAAUGAUAUUGAGAAGAUCUAAUUUUGAUUUGUAUCAAUAUAUAAUUAAGGAUGAAAGUAAAUUUUUAGCAGUUUUUUUAUUAAAAUUGUUUUUAUAAAAAGAUCAUCAAUAGUUAAAAAACAAUAAAUAUGAAUUAUUAAAAUUGUUUUAAGAAUAGGUUAGUGAAUAUGAGCAUACUAAGGAUGUCUUGAACUUUUUAUUUUAAGAAUAAAACAAAUCAUAUAAUGCGUUGAUUACUACAUUUAUAAUGAAUUGUUUAAAGAAAACGAAAUAUAACAUGCAAGAAGAAAUUAAGUUUAUGUUAUCAAAAAGCUUUUAUUAUGAGGAUGAAAAUAUAAUCAAAAGUGUUGAGUUUUAUAGAUAAUUAUACCCAGAAUAAUAUUUAUAAUUACUUGAUGAUUAAACUAGAAAUAGAUUAUUAGUAUUAAGGGAUAAAAGAUUAUUAUGA